UUGAAUGGCGGCCACAAAGGAGCAAUUCUUGAUGUGCAGUUUUCGGCACAAGGUGACUUGAUUUUUUCUGCUUCAACUGACAAGAAUGUAAUCAUCUGGGACGCGGGCACUUGUGUUCGAGUGAAGAAACUUACUGGACACCAGGGAAUCGUCAACUCAUGUUCUACUUCUCGAGACGCAAAUAAGGCGCUACUUUGCAGCGCUUCUGACGAUAAGACGGUCAGAAUUUGGGACACUAGAAAGAGAGGCGUGGUUUCAACGUUCAAAGACGACUACCAACUAACUGCUAUUACCUUCAACGAUGCUGCCGAUCAGGUGAUUGUCGGUGGAAUUGAGAACGUUCUGAAGGUGUACGAUAUGCGAAAGAACAAGCUGCUGUACACGAUGGCAGGCCACUUUGACACUAUAACCGGCCUUGCACUGUCUCCGGACGGAAAUUUAGUGCUCUCCAACUCAAUGGACAACUCUUUAUGCAUUUGGGACAUUAGACCGUUUGUGCAGACAAACCGGAACCUCAAAACACUGACCGGUCACCAGCACAACUUUGAGAAGAACCUCCUUCGAUGCUCCUGGUCACCGGACAGCCGUCGCGUCACAGCAGGCAGCGCCGACCGCUUUGUCAACAUUUGGGACGUCUACAACAAGCGCAUCCUCUACAAACUGCCCGGCCACACUGGUUCAGUUAAUGAGGUUGUCUUUCAUCCCAAGGAGCCUAUCGUCUUGUCCUGCUCCAGCGACCGACAGCUGUACAUGGGCGAAAUUGAAGCCUGA